AUGUUUGCAGAUGGUGCUUCAACGAGUGCUGAUGCUCUGUCGCAGGCAUCCAGAGCGGGAUCAAUCGAAACAGGUGAUGAAUCAAAUUCCAUCGCAACAGCAGCAGCAGCAACUGAUUCGGCUGAGCCAUUUGGCGCAUCGUGUCUUUGGGCUGGACGAAAUGCGGCUGCGAAAUUUUUGCAACCACCCAUUGUUAAAAGACGAUCACUAUUUGCGCUAUAUUCCGAUUUAGACCAGUUGCCAAUUCCGAGAAACGAGGCGGGAUGUUUGUUGUCGAAUGCAUCGCUGGAUGUUGGACCACCGGUGGAUAAGCCAGUUGUACGAUUUGUUGUUGAAUUCCUAAAUUUGAAUAUCAAACUGUCAUUAGUAAAUACACAUGUGCAACAGAUUGAGCCAUUUUUUGUUCGCAUGUUUCUGUAUGAUUCACGUGCCGGACGUCGACUCUCCGAGGAAUUCGCAGUCGAUCCGAAUGGCAACGAAUUUGAUGCAGUGCUAAAAGCAGCUAAUGGUUUUGCUAGUGGAAAUAGAAGUGCUAGUGAAAAAAGUACUUUAGAAGAUGGAAUAAAUACAUUGCCGCAGCGAGUGCUGGCCGAUAAGAAUGCUCGUAAAGUUGGUCAUUUUUAG